AUGAUUCCAUCGCAGCAAGACACAGUAGCAUCUGCUACAGCAGACAGCUCCGCAAUCUCAAACACCGAACAGAAGAAAGACGCGGCUCCAAAGAAGCUCACUUUUCACGACAUCCCUUUCGACGUUCGCGUUCUCAUGUGGAAAGAUUCUCUCAAGGACAAGACACGAGUCGUUCCGGCCAGAACAAGCUUGUCUGAAGGCAAUGAAUAUCUGAAGAUUGCACCAGAUAAGGAAAGUGUCGCAGAGCUUGCUGCUACCUUCUUUCAAACCGACAUGGCAGGUACCAAUGCUCUCAGCAAGACAUUGCAGGUUGCUCAGCAAGAAGUCCUCGAUGCCCAAAAUAUCCUCUUCGUUGGCGACCUCUUCGAGAUCUUCAAACCCAUCUAUGAGCUUGUUGUAUCACGACAGACAGUCUGGGUUCCAGCCGGCCCUAACGACACGACCGAAUAUGGACUGCUAGGCUCCGAAGAAAAUCCACUCAAGCCGUCCUGGAUGUUGGGUCUAAAGACGUUAUACAUCGUUGUGAAUACGAGAGGAUUUGCCAAGAACUCCGACACAAUGAAGCCUAGAUUCGUUCCUGGUGCAACUGGCCUAGGCAACUCUGCGACUGAAACCGCUGGACAAGAAGAUGCUACCAGGGAGAUAGCUUUCAAAAGGUGUGUAACGGAACAGUACCAACACGCCUUGCGCUUGAAAAAGAUAAUCAAUAGAGAGGUCACGAAGUGGAACAACGGGGAAUUCGGGGGCAAUAGGUAA